GUUUUCUCAGUCGUUGGAACUGUUGUCCCUUUUUCAUUUACUUUUCUUGGUCUACAGAAAUUUUGUCCUGUUGUUGUGUUAGAUUCUUUCUCAGCUGUGCGUUGAUAGAAUUGGCGGGUGACUGUCUGCUUCGACACCGCUCGACAUUGAGCGCAUAGUACGAAGAACGCGGCGAAAAAAAAACCCCUAGAUCGAGGAACUAUUCUACAUCUUGUGAAGAAGAUAUUUCUCUUAUAUCCAUAAAUUGAAGAAAAAAUGGCUAUCCAAGCAACAGUCUCCGCCCGAAGCGCAUACCGUCAACUCCUCCGAGCCACCCGCCUUGCCUUCAAAGAUGACACCCGUGUCCUGCUAGCCGCCCGCCAACAAGCAAGGCAGAAUUUUGAUCAGAACCGCCGAGAAGGAGUUGAUACGCCGAUGAAGAUCAACCAUGCGGUUGAAGUGGCCAACAUACUCAGACAUAAUAUCGUCCAGGGAGUGAGGGAAGCAGACAACGAGGAGGCAAGAUGGAAACUACGAAUUCACAAUGAGAUUGAACGUGGGGAUAAUGAUACAGUCAAGGUUGGGGGGAAUAAUGUGAAGGUUGACGGACCAUGUUGUUCAUCAUCAUGAUAUGGCUUGUCCUAUAUUUACACAGGAAGGAGUCUCCAAAAACAAUGCCUCAUAGCGGGAAAACCUCACAGGAUUGUAUUAUAUAGUAUACCCAUAUUUUAU